CACGGCACCGAGCACACGCGCGGCAGCAGCAAGAGCAGCGGAGGAACAUCAGAUAACAGUCCCAAACCUGGACAGACAGGGUCCAACAACGUCCCCUGUCCGAAAACAAAUAACACUACUGGAUACAUGCUACGAUAGAAGAAGGGAAAACGAAGUUUGUUUUUAACGCCAGGUAUUGAAGAAGUGGGUUUACCGGGAAGUUUGCUCCUCGCAGCAGCAGCAACUGGAGCAUAAAGCCGGUGUGGAGCGGACAGCAUCUGUCUAUACUCCACUUUCUCCAUAUGCUUGGUUCAGGCUAACGCGUCUACUUGAAACUGCUUUUAUUCAACAAAAGAACCGUGUUUAUUUAUCCUUGAUUUUUUUCGCUCAGGGACAAUCAGAACAUAUCUAACUUUGUUUAAAAACAACGUCAAGGUGUUCAGUGAUUCACAUAGAUAAAAGAAGAGAGAAGACCGCAGGGAGGAACAGACGGGAGAAGUGGAUGUAUUUUGGGCCAUGGAUGUAACAGUUUACCCGCCUCCUCCUCAGUCUCUGACCGCGUCAGACCACACCGGGCUGGGGCAACACUCCUACCCGGACCCGGCCUUUGGGACCAACAAGCUGGAUGGGGACACCAUGUUCAUGGGUAUGCCAGAAGCCGGCCAUGACUUUGCAUCAUCCAAUCAGUUUCGUGUGCCGCAGCCCCCCCACCCUCUCAGCAAGGGGACGCCCUCCAACCAGCCCUCCCAGCACUGGAGGAGGGACACACACAUGGCCGACACACACCGUCUGCCCUGGUCCUACUCAGUGGGUGGUUUGGGCGACGAUGACUUCAACAUUCCCCCCAUCAAUCCCCCAACCCUGCCAGAGCACAUGCUGCACCCCCAUCUCCCCCACGAUUCCCGCUCUGGACCGUACCACCAAAUGGACCCCCCCUCCAGGUCAGCACCGCACCACCCCUACCAGCUUCAGGGCAUGGAUUUGCCCGGCAUGUCCAGUGGCCAAGAUGGAAACGCUUUGCUGAGCCAGGAUGGAGGCGCAUUCAGUCCAGACGGGGGCCCGAUGGCCAGCACCCUGUCUGUGAUGCAGCAGAUGGUGAACUCUGACUCACGCUUCACCAGCAGCCAACAGCCAAUCGAAGCUGCGCUCGGACCCAGGAGCCAAUCGGGCAUGAGCCAGCAAAGUCAGCUGUCCACCAUCAACCAAUCCCAGCUGGGGCUAAGUGGGAACGCUGCUACCCAUAAUUCUCCUUCACCCCCUGGAAGUAAAUCAGCCACACCGUCCCCGUCCAGCUCAGCACAUGAGGACGACAAUGAUGAUGGACUCAGGCUGGUCAGUUCAGCAGAGAAGAGGCCAGCUAAUGUGGACAUUGCCAAGAAACCAAAAACACCAAAGAAGAAGAAGCGCAAGGACCCCAAUGAGCCAGUGAAGCCAGUUUCCGCCUACGCCCUGUUCUUCAGGGACACCCAAGCCAACAUCAAGGCCCAGAACCCCAACGCUACCUUCGGGGAGGUGUCCAAGAUCGUGGCCUCCAUGUGGGACGGCUUGGGGGAGGAAGAGAAACAGGAGUACAAGAAGAGGACGGAGACAGCUAAGAAGGAGUAUCUGAAACAACUGGCUGCCUACAGAGCCAGCCUGGUCUCACAGAGCUACAACGAUCCGUCUGAAAUGAAGCCCCCCCACUCUUCCUCCAUACCUUCCUCUUCCUCUACCUCAAUGUAUAGCCCUAAGCCUUCAGUUUACCCCGGCCACCCAGGCCAGCACCACUCCUCCAACCCACUGGCCCACCCCCACUCUCACUCUCACCCCCACUCUCACCCUCACCCUCACUCCCUACCUUCCCACCAGCACUCAAGCAUGUACAUGCCGUACCCUCACCAGUCGCACCCUUCCCACGCCUCCAGCCCCGGCCUCAGCCCGCACCUGCCCCCCCCUCACACCCAGAUGCACCCCCAGCUCCAGGCCCUGUCCUCCAGAGGGACAGUGCCACGGCCCAGCGUGCCCCCCCACCAGGGAGCUCUGUCCCUGGGCAGCAUGGCGGCGUCCAGCCCUCCGCUCCAGGUCAGCCCCCCCCUCCACAGCCAGGCACACCUGGGGGGGCUGCACAGUCCCCACCAGCAGCACCAGCAGCACCAGCAGCAUCACCAACAUCACCAGCAUCACCAGCAGCAGCAGCAGCACCAGCAGCAGCACCAGCACCAGCAGCUCAGUGGACACUCUAUGGGGAUGACACACUCACCAGGAAUCCCACAGGGCUACCACCCCUCCCUCCACCCGGACUACCAGCAGCUAGGAGGAGCCAUGCUGAAUGGAGGAGCAGUGAUGUCAUCAUCGGUGGACUACCAUCAGCUGGGUCGACACACGCAGAACCACCACCCCUCUCUGGACUGGAGUAAUGAUUACCAUGGCAACAGCGGCCUGCAGAGAGACAAGCCUCUCUAUCUGAGCUAAUCUCAGGACUCCAGACUUCAGCAAGCCCUUCCACUGCCACACCACCAACCUCCAGCCUCAUGAACCAGGAGGACCCCCCCCCCCCCCCCCCCCCCCCGAACACACUGAGGUCCAGCGCUUCAGAGCCAGGAAGCAGAGGGGCAUCAGUGUGUGUCCCUGCAGAGUUUUAUGUCCCAGGGCUGUCUCUCUCUACAUGCUCUGAGUUUAAAGUUUAGGAGAGGUUUGCAGGUCCUGUGCUGUGAAACAUGUUAACAGGUGUAUAUAUACCCCCCCCCCCCUCACAUUUUGUAUCCAAAGGCUCCUGAGCGGCUGUAAAUGACUAUAACAUUAUAGUUUGAUCUGUCCAUUUGAAGCCAAGACGUUUGUCCUCUCUGACCUCACCGCCGCACCAACAGUAGGUUGAUAACCAAAUAACACACACGUUGUGUUUCCCCGCCCAUUCUUUAAUGAUGAAAUGUAAGCAUUGGAUCUGAAGUAGUGCACAGAGUGAAGAUGACUGAGUUCACCCUGUUGCCGACAGAGAGGCAGCGGCUGUGAAUAAUAAUGAUAAUAAUAAUAAUAAUUGUGUACGAUUAAAGAAAUGUCCUUGUUGUCUUGCAGUGAGGCUCAGAUCUGCAGGGUAGAAACUCUAUGUAUUUUAGUCCUUAAAAUAAUGAAAUGUCAAACAAUUCUUUGUUUAAAAAAAAGAAAAGUACUCCUUUGUGCGAUGACAGCUCCUCCUCCUGGCAUAUGUCUGUUGAUGAUAUUGAUUUGGAUCCAAACUGUGUGUGUGAAGUGUUAAUGAGAGUGUGUGAUGGGUUGCAUGGUCUCUUUUAUCCUCUCUUUUUCUCUGUGCUCAGAGGCUAUUUAAGAAACGCUCCGUGCUGCGGGGCGGGCUGUUUUAAUGUUGUUUUUUAAUCAAAUCCAGUUUUGUUUUAGUGUUAAUGAUGAUGCUCUGUAUCUCUUUGUAUUCAUGUGUUUUUUGGCAGAUGAAAGGACUCUGGGCAACAACAACCAUGAAGAUUUUCUUAUUUUUAGAUUCUAAUAAUGUGUUUGAAUAAAG